CAUAACCCCUCUUCCCCCAAAACCUUAAUGAAAAAGACCCCUUCCAGCUCUGUUCCCGCCCAAAAAUUCAAGUUCAAACACCCCACUCUCUCAAAGCCCAGCUCCCUCUUCCGGCCCCAGCCAGCUCCCCAAUCCUUCCUAAAAAUCCGUACCAAAAACUGCCAAAAAUCCUUCACUCAGGCCUCUUCCAAAAUUCCGAAAACUUUCGUGCCCAGUCAGAGCCCUCUGCGAGGGGCUCUGACCUACACGAAGGAUUUGGUAGUGGAGCCGCCUGCGGAGAAGGUCUGUUGUAAGAUUUGAACGGGGUUUUUAAGGAGGCCAGUGACUUGUACGAGGUGUAAAUGUUUGUUUUGUUCAGAGUGAGUGAUAAAGUAUGUUCCAGCAGGUAGAUGAUAUUCUGGGUGAUCAAAAGCAGUUAUUCGGCCAAUAGAUUUGGAUCAGACCUUCAAGAAUGUUUUACUCCGUUGCUGAAACUAUGAACGUGGGUGCCCAGUCAAAUUCAAGAGAGAUGAAGACACUCAUUCCAAAGACUGCCAAUUCCAAAUAGUUAAGUGUCAGUAUUGAUCCAAAGAGCUUCUACUAAAAGAUGUAAGAAUUCACAGAAUGGGUUGUACUAAAGAAGCUAAAGAGGCUAGAUGUCAAUAUUGACGAGAGAAAAUUGGAGCACAAGAGAAACAUAUUCUUAAAUGUACUUAUAGGCUUUGGAACUGAAAAGCAUUCCCUCAUUGACUUUUCAUUGGAAAAAUAGCUGAAAUCAAACAACAUCAGAGUCGAUGCAGCUGGUUACUCAGGAAAUGUGAUGAUUGAGGGUUUAGUUAUAGAGUGAGUGAGAAAACUCAACAUAAAUGAACUGAUUCUUUAAGGGAUUCUAUUGACCAAUGACAAAAAGUAUUUAUGGAUAAAGCAUUUGCAUGAGAGAAAGCCGAAAUUGAGAAUACCGAUUUGAAAAAUAGCCUCAUAGAACUGAAUGAAAUGAUAAGAUUAAAACAAAAAGUUAUUGAAGGUCUAAAAGCCCAAGUAGAAAAGCAUGCAGUAUCAAAACAAAUCACUAUGGGACAACAAUAUCUCAAAAUACACGAAAAUCCCUCCAAAUCCACACCUACUCCCCCAGCCCUCCUCGACUCUUCAAACCCUGACACAACAGCUCCUACCUGUCCCAAACCUCUCUCCCCCUCCUCUUGCGAUAUCACCCUCUCCAAACUCUCUCCUACCCCUUCUCUGACCCUAAAAAUUCCCAAAAGCCCUAAUCUUCCUCGAAAACGCCCUAUCGCCCCUCCUUCUCCCUCUCUCUACCCCCUCAUCCCCCAAAUCCCCCCUAGUCCCCCUCCUUCCCCUCCCCAAUCUCCUUCCUACUCAUCCCUUCUCUCUUCCUUAACAAACUCGCCUACGUUAGAUGGGGCUUUGAGUAAGGAAGGAUUUGAAGAAUUGUUAGAAGAGAUUGUUAAGAAGGAUCAUACGGUGAGAGUGGUUUUGGAGCAGGAGGAAUGUGCUUGUGCGGGGAAGGAUUUUAGGAGGAAGAGGAAUGUUAAGGCGGAUAAGAAGGUAGCUCCACCAAAAAUAGGAAGAUGCAUUUAUUGCAAGAACGUUCUGUGCAAGAGAUGUAAAGGUCAGUGCUGCACCUGCAAGCAAAGUCUUUGAAGCAAUUGACAAGACCAAUGCAUGGUUUGAUACCAAAUUCAUUGCUCGGAUUGAGCCUGAAUGUGUAACAGAAAUUAACAUUUGAAAAAUAGAUUCAAUUUUA